GUCCAAGAAACAACAACAGCGAAAUGAAUGGAGCAAUGUCGCAUCCGCUACCGGAAACGAAACCGCACAUCAUGGUGUUUCCAUAUCCAGCACAAGGCCACUUGCUUCCUCUUCUAGACUUAACCCAUCAACUCUGUCUUCGUGGCUUCACAGUCUCCAUCAUCGUCACUCCUAAAAACCUUCCUUACCUCUCUUCUCUUCUCUCCGCUCAUCCAUCCGCCGUCUCCGCCAUCACUUUACCUUUCCCUCCGCAUCCUUUGAUCCCUUCCGGCGUUGAAAACGUUAAAGACAUCGGUGGUCAUGGAAACCCCCUGGUUAUGGCUUCUCUUCGUCAGCUUCGAGAACCUGUCGUCCGCUGGAUAAGUUCUCAUCCUAAUCCUCCCGUCGCUCUCAUCUCUGAUUUCUUCCUUGGAUGGACUAAAGAUCUUGGUAUCCCUCGCUUUGCCUUCUUCACCUCUGGAGCAUUCUUAGCUUCGAUACUCCAUUUUGUGUCCGACAAGCUUCAUAUCUUACAAUCAACUGAGCCUGUCUGUUUGUCGGAUCUUCCUGGUUCCCCUGUUUUCAAAACAGAGCAUCUCCCUUCGUUAAUCCCUCAGUCUCCAUCGUCGCAAGAUCUUGAAAGUGUUAAAGACAGCACCAUGAAUUUUUCGAGCUAUGGUUGUAUAUUCAAUUCUUGUGAGUGUCUGGAAGAAGAGUACAUGGAGUAUGUGAAGCAGAACGUGAGUGAGAACCGAGUUUACAGUGUUGGUCCGCUUUCUUCAAUAGGGUUACGUAAGGAUGACUCUGCUUCCGAUGUAGACGCAAAGGCGUUGUUGAGUUGGCUUGAUGGAUGUCCAGAAGGAUCUGUGCUUUACAUCUGCUUCGGAAGUCAAAAAGUUUUGACCAAAGAGCAGUGUGAUGCUCUGGCUCUUGGUCUUGAAAAGAGUAUGGCCCGGUUCGUUUGGGUGGUUAAGAAAGAUCCGAUACCUGAUGGGUUCGAGGAUCGGGUGGCAGGUCAAGGAAUGAUUGUUAGAGGAUGGGCUCCUCAAGUGGCUAUGUUGAACCAUGUAGCGGUUGGCGGGUUCUUAAGCCAUUGUGGAUGGAACUCAGUGUUGGAAGCAAUGGCUAGCGGAAAAAUGAUCUUGGCAUGGCCCAUGGAAGCAGACCAGUUUGUAGAUGCGAGGUUGCUAGUGGAGCAUAUGGGUGUGGCCGUUACUGUAUGUGAUGGGGGUAAGACUGUGCCAGACCCGCAUGAGUUGAGUCAGGUCAUAGCUGAAACAAUGGGUGAGCGCGGACGCGAGAUACGUGCUCGGGCUAAGGAGAUGGGACAGAAGGCACAUGCUGCAACUGAACCAGGAGGAAGCUCUACUAAAGAUUUAGAAAGACUUGUCAAAGAAUUGAGUUCUCUCCAUGAAGAUAUGAUUCUCAAAGACUAAUGUCUUUAAAAAAUGUGGUCUCAUUGUUAAAACAUAACCUGAAGAUUGAAAAAGAUCAGGCGUCUACAUAGCUAGAGAUUCACUGAGAAUUAUACAAAAGUAAUUUGAACCUACACAAAUUAAUAAAGGUCCUAGUUAGAUAGAAGAUAAAUUGUCAAAUUUUGAAAUCCACAUGUUAUAAAGAUAAAUUAAAUAGUAUUGCAAAUUGUUUUGAA